GCCACGCGGCGGAGCCCAGCCCCAGCCCGCGCCCCACAGCCUGGCGAGGCGAGGCGAGGCGAGGCGAAGCGAGGCGGGUCCGGAGCAGGCAAGGCAGAGCGCACGGCAGCCGGGAUCCCGUCGCCGCCGAACGCCAGAGCCUCGGCGUGCUCCCAGUAUCGCCGACUCCCCUCUCGCCAGCCGCACCCAUGCUUCUGGCGCGGAUGAACCCACAGGUGCAGCCUGAAAACAGCGGGGCGGGCCCGGGGUCGGAGCAGCCCCAGCGGAAGCGCAAAGCUGCAGAACUCUUGGUGGUGAAAGAGCGCAACGGCGUCCAGUGCCUCCUGGCAUCCCGCGACGGCGACGAGCAGCCCCGGGAGACCUGGGGCAAGAAAAUCGACUUUCUGCUGUCGGUGGUCGGCUUCGCCGUAGACCUGGCCAACGUGUGGCGUUUCCCCUAUCUCUGCUACAAGAACGGCGGAGGUGCCUUUCUGAUCCCGUACACCCUGUUCCUCAUCAUCGCUGGCAUGCCCCUGUUCUACAUGGAGCUGGCUCUGGGCCAGUACAACCGGGAAGGGGCAGCCACCGUGUGGAAGAUCUGCCCGUUUUUCAAAGGAGUUGGCUACGCUGUGAUCCUCAUUGCACUCUACGUUGGCUUCUACUACAAUGUCAUCAUUGCCUGGUCACUCUACUACCUCUUCUCCUCCUUCACCCUUAACCUGCCCUGGACUGACUGCGGCCAUGCCUGGAACAGCCCCAACUGCACCGACCCCAAGCUCCUCAACAGCUCCGUGCUGGGCAACCAUACCACGUACUCCAAGUACAAGUUCACGCCGGCAGCAGAGUUUUAUGAACGUGGCGUCCUGCACCUUCACGAGAGCAGCGGGAUUCAUGACAUUGGCCUGCCCCAGUGGCAGCUCUUGCUCUGUCUGAUUGUCGUCGUCAUCGUCCUGUUUUUUAGCCUCUGGAAAGGAGUGAAGACAUCAGGAAAGGUGGUGUGGAUCACGGCCACGCUGCCUUACCUCGUGCUGUUUGUACUCCUGGUCCACGGCAUCACGCUGCCCGGCGCUUCCAAUGGCAUCAACGCCUACCUGCACAUCGACUUCUACCGUCUGAAAGAGGCCACGGUAUGGAUUGAUGCUGCAACUCAGAUAUUUUUUUCCUUGGGCGCUGGAUUUGGUGUCUUGAUUGCAUUUGCUAGUUACAACAAAUUUGACAACAACUGCUAUAGGGAUGCCCUGCUCACCAGCACCAUCAACUGUGUCACCAGCUUCAUCUCUGGGUUCGCCAUCUUCUCCAUCCUUGGUUACAUGGCCCAUGAACACAAGGUCAACAUUGAGGAUGUUGCCACUGAAGGAGCUGGCCUGGUCUUCAUCCUGUACCCAGAAGCCAUUUCCACCCUAUCAGGAUCCACAUUCUGGGCUGUCGUGUUCUUCGUCAUGCUCCUGGCUCUGGGAAUUGACAGCUCAAUGGGAGGCAUGGAGGCGGUCAUCACGGGCCUGGCCGACGACUUCCAGGUCCUGAAACGACACCGGAAACUCUUCACAUUUGGUGUCUCCUUUGGAACCUUCCUUCUGGCCCUGUUUUGCAUAACCAAGGGUGGAAUAUACGUGCUGACCCUGCUGGACACGUUUGCGGCGGGAACCUCCAUUCUGUUUGCUGUGCUCAUGGAGGCCAUUGGCGUCUCCUGGUUUUAUGGUGUGGACAGGUUCAGCAACGACAUCCAGCAGAUGAUGGGGUUCAAGCCGGGCCUGUACUGGAGACUCUGCUGGAAGUUUGUCAGCCCUGCGUUCCUCCUGUUUGUGGUGGUCGUGAGCAUCAUCAAUUUCAAGCCGCUCACCUACGAUGACUACAUCUUCCCACUCUGGGCCAACUGGGUCGGGUGGGGCAUCGCGGGCUCCUCCAUGGUCCUGGUGCCUGCCUACGUCGUCUACAAGUUCCUCAGCACGCGGGGCUCCCUUCGCGAGAGACUGGCCUAUGGCAUCACCCCAGAGAACGAACAUCACCUGGUGGCCCAGAGGGACGUCAGGCAGUUCCAAUUGGAACACUGGCUGGCCAUCUGAAUCUGACCCCGAGGAGGAACCCUGCUGCACCAACGUUCAGGUCAAAGGUUUCCUACAACCCCAGACACUGUCUGGGGAUUCCUCUCCGACCCCCCUCUUCCUCUUUUCCAAGUUAACAACUGAUUUAGUGACCUGGUUUUCGUUCACUUUCUGUUCACCUGGCCUGAGGGCUGUGAGCUUGGAUUGGUAAGCCUUGUGGGAGAGGAGGAGAGGAGGGAACAGGAAAAAUGACUUCCGUCGAACCUCUUUAGUUUUGAGGAAGUCUCACCCAGUGUGGGAACCGGCCCGAGCUGACGUCCACGGGCUUGGGAAGGACUCCCCACCUCGUUUGCUGGUACUUUGGGCCGCAGAAGAAAUCCUCAGUCCACCAGAUCAGACAGAGGAUGUUGCUUUUUGGUCAGACACUGUAAAACCAAAACACAAAUAAAAAGCCCAGCUGGGUUUGGGAGGUACAGAGAUCUUGCCUCUCUCGUCUG